CCUCCUCCUCCGCGCGGGGGUGCGCGCGCCGUCCGGGGCGGGGCGGGCCGCGGCGCGUCAUUUCCGGCUGCGGGCCCUUCCCGGCCGCCAUCUUGCGGUGUGGGGGGACGCGGGGGGCCCGGCGGCGGGCCGCUCGAUGGGACGAUGCAGCGCGUGGGGCCGGGCGGGGCGGGGCCUGGCGCCGCGCUGGGGGCGGGGCCGGGGCGCGCGCUGCUGAGGCGGGAGCUGCGGCUGCUCGAGUCCAUCUUCCACCGCGGCCACGAGCGCUUCCGCAUCGCCCGCGCCUGCCCGGACGAGCUGGGCUGCGAGUUCCUCCCCGGCCCGGCCGGCGGCGGGCCGGUCCGUAUCCAUGGCAACAUCACGGAGGCCUAUCCGGCUGUUCCCCCCAUCUGGUCGGUGGAAUCGGACGACCCCAACUUGGCAGCAGUCUUGGAGAGGCUGGCCGACGUGAAGAAGGGCAACACGCUGCUCCUGCAGCACCUGAAGCGGAUCAUUUCGGACCUCUGCAAACUCUACAACCUUCCCCAGCAUCCAGAUGUGGAGAUGCUGGAUCAGCCCUUGCCUGCCGAGCAGAAUACGCAGGAAGAAGUGUCCUCGGAAGAGGAAGACGAGGAAAUGCCCGAGGACACGGAAGAGCUGGAUCACUACGAAAUGAAGGAGGAAGAGCCGGUAGAAGGAAAGAAGGCGGAAGAUGAUGGGAUUGGCAAGGAAAACUUGGCUAUUCUUGAGAAAAUCAAAAAGAAUCAGAGGCAAGAUUACUUAAAUGGGGCGGUGUCUGGGUCCGUGCAGGCCACCGACCGGCUGAUGAAGGAGCUCAGGGAUAUCUACCGAUCGGCAAGUUUCAAAGGUGGAAACUAUGCAGUUGAACUAGUGAACGAUAGCCUCUACGAUUGGAACGUGAAACUCCUGAAGGUGGAUGAGGACAGCGCCUUGCACAGUGACCUGCAGAUCCUGAAAGAGAAAGAGGGGACCGACUUCAUCCUUCUCAACUUCACGUUUAAGGAUAACUUCCCCUUCGACCCCCCCUUCGUAAGAGUGGUGUCGCCUGUGCUCUCCGGAGGGUAUGUCUUGGGUGGAGGAGCGAUCUGUAUGGAGCUUCUGACAAAGCAGGGCUGGAGCAGCGCUUACUCGGUGGAAUCUGUGAUCAUGCAGAUAAGUGCCACCCUGGUCAAAGGCAAAGCCAGGGUCCAGUUUGGGGCAAACAAAAAUCAGUACAGCUUGACAAGAGCUCAGCAGUCUUACAAAUCCUUAGUCCAGAUCCACGAGAAGAACGGCUGGUACACGCCCCCCAAGGAAGACGGCUAGCCGUGGGGCCGACGGAGCGGACCCACCCGGACCCCCCCCCCCCCCGCUGGACGCUGUGCUCGGAUUGCUGAGGACACUUUCCUCUUUCUCCCAGGACAGGACUCUGCCAGCUGUUUUUGCAGGACAGCGGAGAGCAGCUCCGACUGUCCGUUUACGGAAUUAUAAACUCUCGUCGUGAGCAGCCAAGGCCUGGCUCGGACCCGCCAUGGCAGGCAACUCGCCAUCACCCUUAUUAAAAGGAAAAAAAACAAAACAACACACACAACCACACUCAUAGAAAUGAAAACUCCCGCAUCUCUCCUCUCGCUGGAAGCUUCCGGCUGUGCUGCAGUUCUAAAUCGCCUCUCCUUCCGCUAUGGAUUUAAUUUAUUUUCUUAUUUUCAUGUACACUGCUCCCCCCCCCUCUUCCCCACCUAUCCCCCCCCCCUUUUUUUUUUUUUGUUUUGGUUACAGUGUAUGAUGGAUGUCUAUGGGGAAAAAUGUAUCUUUGGAGAACAAUUACAUUUGUUAAUUUGAA